AGAAUGAGCGGAGGACACAGAAUGAGAUCUGUGCCGCUCCGGUGGGCGGGAAGAAGUGUUUUAUUUUUUUUUCUAUAUCGAUGACUGACAUCUCUCUCGGCCAAUCAGCGGAGAGCCGUCCGGCAGAUAGGGGGGCGGAGCCGCCUCCCAUUGUUCAGACGCUGCGGCCAGCUCGUGCAGUGAGCCGCUCGCGCUGACAUUGAGUAGUGAAGCAGCGGCGGCCGCGCACACACACAUACAUACACAGCCAGAGGGGGAGACACGUUCCCGGCCACGUAAGUCACCGCGCAGAGGACGAUGAUGUCUUGCUGAAAGGGAUCGGCCUGAGCCAUCCCUUCUCCCUUCUACCUCCACAGAAGAAGCCUCUACAGGGAGAUCUCAUAGACUGCAAGGCAUCCCCGACACAAAGCGCCGCCUGCUGCUGCUGCUGCUGCGAUUGUCUUCUGCUGGAGUUCCCUCAUCGAUCUCCUCUGUCCUUGGGUGAACCUUCCUCCUCUGCAGGGCUCCUUUUUUAUUGUUCACCCAUCUUUGGUGAAGGUGCCACCUUGGUGCUUCACCCACUGCUGCUAACCCUCCACCAGGACCCAUCCAUUGCCCGAGCUCCACCGCCAUCUACAGCUAACACCAAGUCAACUUUCUUCUCGUCAAGUCUGCAGAAGAACAGAAGAUUAUUAUUCUUUAUUAUUCUUAUUAUUAAUUUUUAUUCCUUUGGAAUUGCUAUUAUUAUUUUUGCAGAGAGAGAUAUAUAUCUUUACAACAUCUCUAAACAUUUUUUUUUUGCCUCUUCCCCCUUCAUUGGAUUUGCACAAGAACUGGAUAGAACGUUCGUUCUAGGUCUCUCAACUCCCAACGUUCUAAUCUAGAACGUUCAUCAGCGUUUAACCCUUUCAGCUGCCUUAUACCCCCCCCUUACAACCCAUCAACAUAGACCUCCUCUUCUUCUUUUUCUUCCAACCAAGACCUGUUUAUUGCACAAUCCCCCUUGACAUUGUCUCUGCACAUUGAGAAGCCCCCCCCUACUAAAUAAAGAAGCACAAAGUCUUCACCCCCCCAAAAAAAAAUAAUAAAAAAAAUAAAUCAGCCUUGGAUUUGGCUGCUCUUUCAUACUCAUGAACAUACAAAGAUCGAACCCUAUAUCAAUCACAAGGUAUGGGAGAUCUAGGAAUAAGAACCAGGAUUUUGAAGAGUUGUCAUCCAUAAGGUGCACAGAACCCAGCCAGAGCUUCAGCCCAAACCUCGGCUCCCCAAGCCCCCCAGAGACUCCCAACUCGUCGCAUUGCGUUUCCUGCAUUGGGAAAUACUUAUUGUUGGAGCCUCUGGAGGGAGACCACGUUUUCCGCGCGGUGCAUCUGCAUAGUGGAGAAGAACUGCUCUGUAAGGUUUUCGAUAUUCGCUGCUACCAGGAGUCCUUGGCGCCCUGUUUUUGCCUACCUAUCCACAGCAACAUUAACCAAAUAGCGGAGAUCCUUCUCGGAGAGGCUAAAGCCUACGUGUUCUUUGAGAAAAGCCAUGGGGACAUGCACUCUUUUGUCCGCACCUGCAAAAAGCUCAAAGAGGAAGAAGCGGCCCGGCUGUUCUACCAGAUCGUGUCGGCCGUAGCGCACUGUCACGACGGAGGGGUGGUGCUGCGAGAUCUCAAACUUAGAAAAUUUGUCUUCAACGACGAAGAACGAACUAGGGUGAAAUUAGAAGGCCUGGAAGACGCCUAUGUCCUAUCAGGAACCGAUGACUCUCUUUCAGACAAACACGGUUGUCCAGCUUACGUGAGCCCAGAAAUCCUUAACACAAAUGGUAGUUAUUCAGGCAAAGCCGCCGACGUCUGGAGUCUAGGUGUCAUGCUCUACACCAUGUUGGUUGGACGAUACCCAUUUCAUGACAUUGAACCUAGCUCCUUGUUCAGCAAAAUUCGCCGCGGGCAGUUUAACAUUCCAGAGACCCUAUCCCCCAAGGCAAAAUGCCUUAUACGUAGCAUACUUCGCCGGGAUCCAACAGAAAGGCUCACGUCUCAAGAAAUUCUGGACCAUCCUUGGUUUUCCACAGAUUUCAAUGCAUCGAAUUCAGGAUAUGGUGCUAAGGAAGUGUCCGAUCAACUGGUGCCUGAUGUCAAUAUGGAUGAGGAAACGGACCCUUUUUUUAACUGAGCACAAGACUUUCCUUUUCGGUACUUGAGGUGACCAUGGCCACAUGAAGGAGUCCUUCCGGACCUUAGUAUUCAAAAUCUGUAUUUGUCCCAGGAUGGCGGCUGGUUUAAAAAAAAUUAAAAUCUCCGCAAGGCUUUUCUUGGGUUUUGAGAAGACAAGUCCGCAAGGAACUACUCUACACAUGUAGCAUUAAGGCUGCUAUACAGUUAGUCUUUAUUUUAUAAAUGUGUUUUAUGUUUUUGUUUUUUAUUUUUAACUAGCAUGGAUAAAAGUGUAGCUUCACCCUGUAUGGAGCCAAGGAGACUGCACAAGCCAAUUCCGGUGCAGCUUUUGUCACUCCUGUUUUAAUAACUUUUUUUUUUUUUCUUGAUGUUUUUUUGCCACGCACAUCCUGGCAUCGCACUGUUAGAAUAUUAUUUUUUUUCUUGUGCCAUUGUUCAGGGAAGGUACAAUUGGCUAUAUUUUUUAUUUAAUUGUGCCAAAUUGGUACAGUAAGCAAAAAUAAAGUUGGAUGCACUGACCUAAAAAGUGGGUGCUAUGAUUUUUUAAUUUUUUUUUAAACCUAUUUUUAUCUCCUUUUUUUUUUUUUUUUUUUUUUUUAUUUGGUCGAAUUCUAAACUACUUAAUAUUCCUGUCAGGAAAUGACAUUUUAAUGCUUUAGUUCCCUUAAGGGGAAGUAAUUCAUUUAACAAGCUGUUCUGUUUUCUGUUUGAUAGGUUUGCUACAGGAAGCUGUUUUAAAAAUAAAA